UUUCUGUCAUCAUUUGUCAUUUGAUAACUGAUUUUUAUCGUUAUCGUCUGAGUUUGGUUGGACUUGAUUAAAAGAAGCUCAGUAAGACACUGAUUCAUAAAAAAUCACAAUUUUAUUCUUGGCUUCCUUUUAAAUAUUUCUGUUAUAAGUGUACAGUACAUUACAUUACAUACUGCAAGUGCUUCUGCUACUUUUAGGUUACUCUAAGGCUAACCAUACUAAACCAAAGAUCGUGUUCUUGUUUGAUUAUUUGUUAACAAAGAGAGUUCUAAGAUACGGUAAGAAGUAUGUCUAACUAUUUAAGUAACAACAAAUCAGCUUUGUUCUCAGUCGAAGACGAAGUUGAUGAUGAUGAGUUUUUGCGACAUCCACAAUCUGGAAGAUCUGGGUACAUGAUGGGUGAUGUCCAAAAUUCACAAACGAGUAACAUUGAUCAACUCCAUCAGCAACGCUUGGAAAAGCAAAAGGAAAUUCAAGCAAGAAUUGUUGAGACAUCACAGAGAUCAUUAUCAACGCUUUUAGCCACAGAAGAAAUUGGUGUAUCAACUGCAGAGGAAUUACUACGACAAAGGGAGCAAUUACAGAGAACUGAAAAACAUCUUGAUGACAUCAACAGUACACUUAGGUUCAGUCAAAAGCACAUUCAGGGUAUCAAGAGUGUUUUUGGAGGAUUGAAGAAUUAUCUUAGUGGGAAAAAUUCGAAUGCACCACAAGGAAGCAGAUCCAUACCUGAUUCACCUGUUUCAAAUUCUGAUUCAAAGCUGGUGGAAGCCGUAGAAAGUUCGAAGCCAUACGCUUCGUCUUCAUCCCAAAAUCAUCCUGCUCUGCGUGUGAGAGGCCUGACUGAUGAGUCUAGUGAACGCUUCAGUGCAGCUGAUCCGGAGAAGGCUCUGAACGAGAAUUUGAACCAUAUGGUUGAUUCCAUCUCUAGAUUAAAAGGUUUGGCCCAUGGUCUCGGUGAGGAGAUAGAGUCACAGAACGAACUGGUCGAGAACAUAAUAGACAAGACUGAGAAAGCUGAUAUAACUUUGAGACGACAAAACAAAGAUAUUGGAAGAAUACUCAAAAAAUAGUGUAAAAACUGAUCUUCAUUCCAUCGAUGUCUUCAGUAUCACGAAGUUGUAAUGGUACAAAGCCAAAGUGUUUCAAGUUAGUUAACAAAGAGUUAAAUAUUUUCUUAUGAACAGGUAAAUUAUGUUAUGUAAAGCAUUUGCUUUUGUAUUUUAAAUAUCCAAAAUUUCAAUUUUAUGUUCUCCUGUGAGAACUCAAGAGAAAAAUAAUUUCUUGUGUUGAAUUGUAAAUCAGUGUAAUGUGUAUGUGAUUAAUCGAUAGUGUUAUUAAAACAGGACAUAGUGUUUGUUGUAUUGCAAUUGAAAAUGUAUCUAAAUUAUGCAUGACUGCUUAAAAUUAUGUAAGUAAUCAAUAUAAUGUUAUUAAAUGGUUCUUAUUUGCAUGUAUCUUAUAUUACAUUCUCAUGAUUUAAAACUCUAUGGCUGUAUCCUCAUCUUAAAAAUAUUAUAGGCCUACUAAAAUGUUUACCCCUUAUUGAUGAGAUUAAGAUGAAAACACCGUUAGUUAGUAGGGAGUUUUUUUUUUAAACGCAACCUGAUUUGUUUAAGAUCUAAGUAUCCAAAUAAAUGGAUUAACAACAAA